AUGAAGCUCUCUCCUGCUUUCUUGAUCGCAUCCUUGGUUGGCAGCGCGUAUGGAACGCCGACAGCCCGUAGCCUAGUGGUGCACGAGACGAGGGAGAGCGUCCCAGCGUCCUUCAAGGAGGUUGGCCCUGCGCCGCCGGACACGGUGCUUAACCUGCGCCUCGCCCUCGUGCAAGGCAACUUUUCUGCACUCGAGAAGGCGCUGAUGGACGUCAGCACGCCCGACAGCCCACUGUACGGCCAACACCUGAGCAAAGAGGAGGUCGCGGCGCUUGUCGCUCCGAAGCCAGAAACCGUGGCUGCGGUCAAUACGUGGCUGUCGGAGAACGGUAUCCAGGCGUCCAAGGCGUCCUUUGCGGGCGACUGGCUCAAGUUUAGCAUCCCAGUCAGCAAGGCGAACGCGUUGCUUGGCACCACAUUCUCCGUGUUCAACCAUACCGCGUCUGGUCGGACGUCCAUCCGCACACUUAACUACUCCAUUCCCGCAGACCUGAAAGGUCACAUCGAUCUGAUUCAUCCUACUAUCGCCUUCACCCAGUCUAUCGGUGCACCGAAGCUCGCGUUUACUCCCCGCAAAGACGUACAGGCGCGCGCACUCAACGUAACUUCGGACGCGGUACCCGCGUCUUGCGCGACAACCACCACGCCAACUUGUCUACAAGCGCUAUAUGGGAUUCCAACUACUCCGGGGCCAGUGAAAACUAACAACACAUGUUGUGUGAGCGGGUACAUUGAGCAGUGGGCUAACGAGCAAGACCUCCGCACGUUCUUAACGAACCUGAGUCCGGACAUCAAUCCAGCGACAACGUUCGACUUGUUCACUAUCAACGGUGGCACGAACCCACAAGGGCUGUCGCAGGCUGGGAUCGAGGCGGACUUGGAUAUCCAAUACACCGUCGGUCUUGCCCCUGGCGUCACAGUCCUCUUCGUCUCAGUUGGGCCCGAUAACGCCGACGGGGACGACGCGGGAUUCCUUGAUACCAUUAUCUCUGCAUUGGGCUGCCAAACGCCGCCGACCGUCCUCUCGACGAGCUACGGCGGAAACGAAGACGAACUCCCCGUGAACCUUUACCAGAAUCUCUGCAAUGCGUACGCGCAGCUUGGUGCGCGCGGGACCUCUAUCUUAUUCUCCUCCGGGGAUGGCGGCGUGUCUGGAAACCAGGCCGAGCAGUGUACCACCUUCGUCCCCACCUUCCCGUCUGGCUGUCCCUUCGUAACCUCCGUCGGUGCGACGACUGGCAUUGGGCCCGAGGUCGCCGCAAGCUUCUCGAGCGGCGGCUUCUCAAACGUCUUCCCGACGCCGUCAUACCAAGCCGCCGCAGUAUCCCAGUACCUGAACGGGCUAGGCAACACAAAUGCGGGGCGCUUCAACCCGAGCGGGCGCGGGUUCCCGGACAUCGCCGCGCAAGGCGCGAAUAUAGAGAUCGUGUUCCAGGAGCAGUUCGGCACCGUCGACGGCACGAGCGCGUCGACGCCGAUCGUGGCGAGCAUCAUCGCGCUGCUGAACGACCUGCUGGCGGCGCAGGGCCGGCCGCCGCUCGGGUUCUUGAACCCGUUCUUGUACAGCGUGCAGGGGGCGGCGGCGUUCACGGACGUGACGAUCGGGAGCAACCCCGGGUGCAACACGAAUGGCUUCCCGGCGCGUCCGGGGUGGGAUCCGGUAACUGGUCUGGGUACGCCGAACUUUGCAAAGCUCCGGUCGGUAAUUGGCGUUUGA